UACACUUUAAUUGGCAAUGGUUUUCUCCAGAUUUGUUGAAGUUGGUCGUGUUGUUUUAAUGAAGACUGGACCUUUCGCCAGUAAACUUGCCGUUAUUGUUGAAAUCCUUGACCACAAUAGAGUUCUUGUUGACGGUCCACAAGCUAUUACUGGAGUUCCAAGACAAGUUGUCAAUUUGAACACUAUUUCUCUUACCUCAUUUGUUGUUAACAAAGUUACUAGAGGUAUGACCCACAAGAAACUUUGCCUCAGAUUCACUCAAGACGCUAUCAUUAAAAGAUUCAAUAAAACUGCUACUGGUAAAGCAAUUGAAAAGAGAAUUCUUAGAGAAAAGAUGACUGAUUUUGACAAAUUCCAAGUCAGCAUUAUUAACAGAAAGAUUAAUGCUGCUGCUAAAAUUGCUGUCAGUAAGAAAGCUCAUUAAUUGAAUUUGGGGAUAUA